AAAGGAAAGAACAAGGAAGCAUCCCUUCAAGUCUCCCAAGAACCAAAAUGGCUUCUCAAAUCCCAAAACCAUUCUUUCUUUCUUUCUUCUUCAAAUUUUAAUAUCAAUGGGUCGACCAACUUUCUUGGUGUUUGAAUCCCCAAAUAAAUGCUGUUUUUCAAACCCAAGAGAGUGAGAAACCUGGAUUCCCUUCUCUAUAUAACUCCACGCCCCUUAGUACUCAUCAAACAAACCGAACAACACCGUUCGUAUCACUAGAGUUGUUGCAUACGCUACCAUGGGAGACGGGAAGAACAAGAACAAGAACAAGAACAAGAAGGUUUCGUGGAGAUCACGAUCGUCUUUCGGGAGCUAUAUUAGAGAGCAAAAAGGAAGACUUUACAUUAUUCGAAGCUGCAUCGUAAUGCUCCUCUGUUGGCAUGACUGACUCCGUUGUUCGUAUCGUCUUGUUUUUAAUUUUCACGAAAAGGGUUCGUACCCGUAGAGAUGUUUUGUUCGAGCAUCAUUUGAAAUCCCGACAAAUUGAGUUGAUCGGUGAUGAUAAUAGCUUAGAUUUGAGCUGGGUGAUUGUAGUAGUCUCCAUUUUCCAUCUUCAAAUGU